UUUACAUUUAACCACCAUCCGAAUAAUACGAUGCGCAUAACCAGAGACAACUUGCUUCACGCUGCCAAAUCCUUAUGCACGGAUUUCGCAUCCAAGAAAGAUCCAGAUGCUCUCAUGACACAUUUCUCUACGACACACCAAUGCGUAGCAUAUGAACAUGGUUUACCUAUUCUUGCACCAUUUCUGGGACGUCACUUCGUCGGACGUGAUGGAGUACGAGAUUACUUCAAAACCAUAGCCUCGACUUUGAGUUUUGAUAGAAUGGAGUUUUCAGAGUAUAUCGUUGAUCCAGAAGUCCAGAAAGUUUCGGUGAGGGGCCGAGCCAGAUUCACCUGGUUGAGCUCAGAGCAGAGCUGGGACGAGAUAUUUACAUAUGUGCUGGACUUUGACGACGAUUGCAAGGUCACAGAUUAUCAUGUCUGGGCAGAUACAGGUGCUGCAUACCUUGCUAGCAAAGGUCAGCUGAGCACGGGCUAGGAUUGCAAGUAACUUGGAUUUCACAUGUCACAUCUGACGAAUGCGUCCUCGGGAUCCAACCAAGCGCCGUACGUGCAUGUGGGACUGACCGUGUACAUCCGAUUGGCAAAACCUGGCUACACCUUUUCAGCCUCGUCUCACCUACCACUUCGUCAGAAUCGAGAUACAGUUCAAAUUGCCACCUAGUACUAUCACGAUCCGGUCCCAAGUCUUAUCGUUGUGCUUCUAAGCUCUCAGGCUUUUGCUUUGUUCCCGUUUUCGCAUUCCUGAAAUCUAUUUUGUUACAGAGGAGUCACGCGACGAUCCCUUUGAUGCGUACUUGCUUUGUCGCUUUUUGUGAUAGUCCUGCUAUAUGUAUGUAUGCAGG